CCGGCAUCUUGCUCCGACUCGAAACCUGCUUCUCCGUUCAAUUCCACGACCUAAAUUUCACACCCUGCUAUAUUCCCUCCCCACUUCCCACAAUGGCUUAGGGCUCAAAUCGAGCAUGUAGGUGCACCUAUUACCGAUUCGGUAUCCCACGACAAAUUGCUCAGAACGAGUAAAAUGUCUGUUACGGAGCUCAAGGAGCGUCACUUGGCGGCCACGGAGACGGUGAACACUCUUAGGGAGCGGUUGAAGCAGCGACGACUUUCUUUACUCGAUACAGAUGUUGCUGGAUACGCGAGGUCUCAAGGUAGAACUCCUGUUAGCUUUGGUCCUACGGAUCUCGUCUGCUGUAGAACUUUGCAGGGUCAUAUGGGGAAGGUAUAUUCAUUGGAUUGGGCAUCUGAAAAGAAUAGAAUUGUUAGUGCAUCCCAAGACGGACGACUUAUAGUAUGGAAUGCUCUUACUAGCCAGAAAACUCAUGCCAUAAAGCUGCCUUGUGCAUGGGUCAUGACCUGUGCUUUCUCGCCAACUGGUCAGUCUGUUGCAUGCGGUGGUCUUGAUAGUGUUUGCUCUAUUUUCAAUCUGAACUCCCCUACUGACAGGGAUGGUAAUCUGCCUGUCUCACGGAUGCUUAGUGGACAUAAGGGUUAUGUCUCCUCUUGUCAGUUUGUUCCAGAUGAUGACACUCACCUAAUUACCAGUUCUGGUGAUCAGACGUGUGUUUUGUGGGACAUUACUACAGGCCUUAGAACAUCUGUUUUUGGAGGUGAAUUUCAGUCCGGACAUACUGCAGAUGUAUCAAGCAUUUCUAUCAAUGGAUCCAAUUCAAAAUUGUUUGUAUCUGGUUCUUGUGAUGGAACUGCCCGAUUGUGGGAUACGCGUGUGGCAAGCCGAGCCGUGCAGACAUUUCAUGGGCAUGAGGGAGAUGUUAAUGCUGUCAAAUUCUUUCCUGAUGGAAACAGGUUUGGAACUGGUUCUGAUGAUGGAACUUGCCGAUUAUUUGACACUAGAACUGGACACCAACUACAAACAUACUAUCAACAGCACAGUGACAAUGACACCCCACACGUGACCUCCAUUGCAUUCUCCAUAUCAGGAAGACUUCUUUUUGCUGGAUACACGAACGGUGAUUGCUAUGUUUGGGACACUUUAUUGGCUAAGAUGGUAUUGAAUUUAGGAUCUCUUCAGAACUCUCAUGAGGGCAGGAUCACCUGUUUAGGUUUGUCAGCUGAUGGAAGUGCCUUGUGUACAGGAAGCUGGGACUCAAACUUAAAGAUUUGGGCUUUUGGAGGGAUUAGAAAGGUGGUGUGAACUAUGGAGGAGCCAAGAUUUUCCAUUUAAUAUUACACGGCGUCUGAGGUCCAAUAUAAUUGUUUGGUGAUGCUUGUGAUGGUUGAUUUGCAGACGAAUUGCAUGGAAGGGGGCAAAGGUUAUGUGCUCUACUAUUUUAACUAGUGUUGCAGUUUGUUUAUCCUCAUGUCAGUUUGUCCAAGUGUGUGAUCUAGGAUUUCCACUGUAUUAACCACCGUGGUACCUGCACAUUAAACGUAGAAAUGAAGGACCAUAUAUUUUCUUGUCUGUUGGUAUAUUGCCAAACAACAUUGCUGUUACGUACUUAUUUCUCAGUUUGAGGAUGUUAAUUGCUUAAAAA